UAAAUUGUCAAAAAAAUCGGAAAACACUUUUGUAAUUGUUUUACACAUUGAAUUUUUUUAUACACAACUAUUAUGAUAUCAUAUUGUAAUAGUUAAUAAAUUUGAAAUAAUAUAAUAUGUUAAUUUGCGAAAUAAAAUAUAUUAAAAACAAAAACGAAAAUUAAAUAUUGCUGAAAACUAUGACUACAUACGUGAAAGCCUUAUAUGAUUUUUCUGGCGAAGCUAACAGUUCUGAGUUAUCUAUAGCAACAGGUGAAGUUUUAACUGUAACAAGAACUGACGUAGGUGAGGGUUGGUGGGAAGGAAAAAAUUCGAAAGGGGAAAUUGGAUUAUUUCCAGCAGCAUAUGUUCAAUAUAUGUCAGCAGCUGAAUAUAAUCAACAACAAAAUGGAGUGUCAACGGGAUUUUCACCACUUCCAACACCAGCAACAACUCUGGCAAAUAGCAAUUCAUUAACUGGAAGUCGAUAUGAUCAAACAACUGAUGAGUGGAAUGAUGGUCAGGAUGAGUGGGAAGAUGAUUGGGACGAUGAUAAUGAAUAUUCUGAAAUAGGACCGAGUCCAGGUCAAGCCAAUACAUCUCGUCAACAAGCUUCAAGUAAUCAAUACCAUCAGCAAAACCAACAACAAGUAAACUACGCUAAUCUUAGUUUGCCGGCGACGCCAGGUGAUGAUACUGCGUCCAUAUCAAGCAACUCACAAUCCGCUACUAUAAAAAAAUCCAGCCUAUUUUCUAAAACUUGCGACCCAUAUAUAUUGGGUGGAAUAAAUUUAAAUGUGCCCGAAAAUGAGAAAGUUAGUAUUAUACAAAUUGAUAAUUAUUAUUUCUGGCAAAAUAUUGCUUCACCAUAUACAGUGCGCGUGGCGUCGCCAAAGAAAGAGACGAAAUUCAAAGGCAUGAAAAGUUUUAUAGCAUAUCAACUGACACCUAGCUUUAAUAAUAUUGCAGUAUCCAGAAGAUACAAACACUUCGAUUGGCUUCAUAAGCGUCUGGUUGAUAAAUUUCCUCUUAUUCCAAUUCCUCCUUUACCAGAUAAACAGAUAUCUGGACGUUAUGAAGAAGAAUUUGUUGAACAUAGGCGAGUUCAAUUGCAAGAAUUUGUCGAUUGGGUAUGCAGACAUCCUGUGUUGUCAAGUUGUGAAGUGUGGAUGCAUUUUUUAACUUGUACUGACGAAAAAAAAUGGAAAAUGGGAAAACGAACAGCAGAAAAAGAUCCAUUAGUUGGAUUUGAUUACUGCACAGCAAUAUUUCCACCCGAAAAGCAAUUAUUACAAUCAUAUGUGGAUAGUCAAAUAGAUAAUUGCACAGCAUUUGUGCAUGCAAUGGAUGCGGCUGUUAAAACCUUAUUGUCAAUUGCAGCCGAACAAACAAAAAGAAAUCAAGUAGUAUUUAAAAGAGAUUUUCAACGAAUUGGAGAUGGCUUUGCUGAGUUGGCAAAAGCUUUAGAAUAUGACGAACGUAGAUAUUCUACAGGAGAAUCAUUGUCAACCAGUGUAGGAAAAACUGGAGGCUACUUCAUAUUAAUGGGGCAAAUUUUUGGAGAACAACCUAAACAUGAUUGGAUACCUUUCUCAGACAGGUUUCAUAUUUAUAGGGGCAUACUUAAUAGUUUUCCAGACAUUUUAUCAGCACACAAGGGUGCAAUGCAAAAGAAAAAAGAAUGUGAACGCCUUACAUCUGAUCAAAAGAUGGGAAACGCUCAACUAGUUGAAGUUGGUAGAAGGACUGAUAUUGUGUCUUAUGCGGUUUUAGCUGAAAUAUCACAUUUUCGUACAGAGCGGGAUGUCCAUCUCAAACAAACAAUAUGCAAUUUGAUUGACACUCAAAUAGAAUUUUACAUGAAAAUAGUUGGGAAGCUACAAGAAGCUCGAAAGCAAUUUCAAUAAACCAAAAAUCAAAAUUAAAUGUGGGACUUACAAGUGAAAAAAUUAUAAACAGUACUGAAUUAUUGUGACAAAGAAUUUUUUUUUAUAUUGAAAACAAGAAUAAUUAAUUAGAUUAUAUUUAACAAAACCUACAGUUAUUUAAAAACAAUGGACAGUUAAUUGAUGGAAGCUAUAUCUCGCGUUUAACUUAAUUAUGUAUUAAAUUGAAGACAAUUCGUAUAUAAAAUAUAAUUGCGAUUUUUAGUAUAAUAUAUUUACAACUUCACAUUCAUCGAAGACAAUUGCAACAAGCCUUAAAUUCUGUCUUUAAAUUUUAAAUAUAUUAAAUUACUUAUUUGUGGUUUUCAAAAUUUUCUUCCCCAAAUUUUUUGAAUUAUAAGAUUUCUAAGAAAAAAAUUGAUAAUUGUAAGUAAUAUACGCGCUUAUUUCAUUCCAUAAUAUAAUUUCAGGGGUAAGCCUUUGGUUUAAUUAUCGAUUAUUUUUAGAAAUUAUAAUCAAAUUUUAAAUUAAUGUUAAAUGAACAACAUAGAGAAAAUUUAGACUUUUUGCUGCACAAAAAAAAAAACCGUUUCGACAACAAAAAUAGAUUGUGUUUAUUUUAGCUAUAUGGUGUGAUAUGAAUUUCGGAAGUUCAUGCUGAAAUUUUUUAAUUUAAGUAAAAAAAGUUAAAAAGCUGUUAUUAUACUGAUGAAUUUUAUACAAAAUUUUGCAUUUUUAUAGUAUACUAUAAAUGUUUCUCACAUUCGAUUUAUUUUUAUUUGUAUGUACUUGAUUUGCCUGAAAAAAUAAAAAGAAUAAUGUUUUUAUCGUAUGCAUAUGAUAUACAUACAUGCAUAUGAUAUACAUAAUAAAAACUAAUAACUUAUCAUUGUUUACAAACUUUAU